GGAGCGCGCCGAGACGGUUGGCAGGGGCCCCCGGCCAAAUGCCCGCGCGGGUGUCGCCUUCCAGGGAGGCCGGUGGCGACUGGCGCUGAGUCGCUCCCUUGCAGGCUCCGUUCGGCAUGGCCCGUGGAAAUCAACGGGAACUUGCCCGCCAAAAAAACAUGAAGAAAUCCCAGGAGAUUUGCAAGGGGAAACGAAAAGAGGACAGCUUAACUACUUCUCAAAGAAAGCAGAGGGACUCUGAGAUCAUGCAACAGAAGCAGAAAGUGGCUAACGACAAGAAGGCUUUGCAGACAAGAGAAAAGUGAAGUGUCCAUGCGGAGCACCUACUGCCAGCUGGGUGCACCAUCAACUCUCACCGGAGCAAGAUUUUACAGGAGGCACCAGCACUCAUUACAUGUGCCAUAACUUGUUAUAAGCUGUCUGUUUUAAAGUUUGUGUUUCACUCUGGCUGUGAUGUCUCUGAACCAUUCACCAAAGAAUAAAACACUACGCAUGCA